UACCGUGCUUCCCCUCUCGAAAGAGGCCGAUUUAUUUAGGAUGAGCCGGUUUUUGAGCGGGAUUGGUGACGGGGCUCCGCUUUCCCCUCUCGGCGAAUAACGAAGUUGAAGCUACCAGAAAAGGACCCGUGUGAAGUGCUGUCGGCGAGUGACUGGGUGGCACGCCGCCGAAUUUCUGCGGUGUUGCGGGAGAGCACGCCCGCCUGCUUCUCUGUUCGAACCUUCUCCAAUGUCAAAGGUGUCAGCUGUUGCCGUAAGUGGUGGCCUUAAGGGCUGCUUUGGCGUAGAUGAAGUCAUAGGAAAAGGAUGGCGAUGGCCAUGGGGUGGUCAGCCCUUCAACGCCUGCCUGCAGCUGCCCUUGAUGCAAAAUUAUCCAGAGCCCUCUGCGGCCUCACGAUCGGUGUCAGUCGGAGCAUCACCACCUCGGCUCCGGCCGCCAUCGGGCUCACCCCGGCGCUCUGGGCGGAGCCGCUGAAGAAGAAGAAGCGCAUCGACCCGGCCGUGGUGCGCGCGCGGGAGGAGCGCAAGCGGCGCAAGCUGGAGAAGGCCAUCCGCCGGCUGGAGAAGGGCUCCCGGCAGCUGAAGCCGCUCGACGAGCUGGAGCUGCCGCGGCCCGUCCGCCAGGAGCUCAGGGAGAGACGGCGGCCCACGCAGAGCCUGACGUCGGAGCAAGCUGAUCAGCGGUUCGACCUGAUGAAGAACUGGGCCCGCUACAAGCGGCAGCAGCACGUGGCAGACGUGGCGAUGUUUCGGAGGAUUCGGGACUCACAAGAAAGAGCUUUGGAAGAGCUGAAAGCCGAGUCCUAUGAACUUUACUGCGAUGCCAUAUCGGAUGACCCGGCUCUUGUGCCGUUCGAGCACCGCGGGCCGACGCUAACGCCACCUAUACCGGGGUACGACUCACCAGACGGCGACUACAUCGACACCACCCGGAAAUGGGAGUAGCGGAGGCCGGCGGCGUCCCACUGUACGAAGUGGCUGCAGAACAGACUGGAGCGGAUGAAAAAGGAGUGGAAGAGGGCGGGGGUGUCAUGAAGGAGCUCAUCUGAUGACAUGUUAAAGAUGCAGUCAGUAGUUAAAGAGUUUGCAAUGCCGUUGCGCAAAUUACUGCACACUGGCAAAUUGUAGUGAAUAUAAAUCAUGAGGGUUGCGA